AUGGCGUCGCAAGAUACCAGCUAUCACAAUGGCGGGCAACUCAGACAACACUGCAGCUCGUCUGAAAGCAGUCUCCGAUCUUCCAGAGAACACCUCAUUCAGAAUUUGGGCUUCCAGUACCACAUGUGCAAUGAAACUCUGGCUCAGUGCGAACAGGUUUUUCGUGUUCUGGACGUAAACGGCGACGGCUACUUGACUCCGGAUGACCUCAGCCGAAAGAUGUUGCGCCUAGGCAUACCUCACUCUAGCGAGGACGUUGUCCACGCGGUCAAAGAACUCGCUGGAGACGAUAGUAACGAGAUAGAGUUCGACGAUCUGAUCCACCUGAUGACGUACGAAACUGAGUCCGGCGAAGAACUGACGGAACUGCAAGAAACUUUUAAGGUAAGUGAAAUGCACCCGCCUACUUGCCUGUUGAUGUUCGCUUUCAAACAGCGUUUGUGA